CCGCCGCUGCUGCAGCCGCCCAAAUCCCACCCAAAUCAUCCUCCACCAACCCCUUCCACUCCCGGCUCCGGCGAUCGAUCGAGCGAGCUAUGGCGGAGGAGGAGGCGCCGGCGGCGGGCAAGCUCGGCGGCGACAAACUGGUCCUGCGUGGGAUGCAGUUCCACGGGUUCCACGGCGUGAAGCAGGAGGAGAAGAAGUUGGGCCAGAAGUUCGUCGUCGACGUCGACGCCUGGACCGACCUCGCCGCCGCAGGGGACUCCGACGACAUCUCCGACACCGUCAGCUACACCGACAUCUACAGGAUAGCCAAGGGUGUCGUAGAAGGCCCGCCACACAAUCUUCUGGAGUCGGUGGCUCAAUCGAUUGCCAGCUCCACGCUGCUCAAGUUCCCUCAGAUCUCCGCCGUUCGAGUGAAGGUCGGGAAGCCUCAUGUCGCGGUACAAGGCGUCGUCGACUACUUGGGGGUGGAGAUACUGAGGUACAGGAAAGCAUAGUCAGAAUGCUUCACAAGAGAAGCCUGAGCAAUGAUCCCUCAGGAUCUCUCUGUUGAGCUGGUCUUUGUGUCUUGCCAAUGCACUUUGAGCCAAUCUGGUGUUAGAUUGCGCUCGGAUUCGCAACACCGUUGCUGAGAUUCACGCAACCAUGAACAGGAGAAUGUUGGUGCUGCUGCUAGGGUUUUCCACAAACUGAAAUAAGAAUUGUGUUCUUGCAUGCAUAUAUAUGAUUUCUGAAUCCCCCUCGAGUCAGUUCAAAACCUAUAACGGAGCAAAUGGGUUCUCUCCGAGGAAGCAAAGUUCCUCUGUCCUGGCUUUAUACAUUUUAAGGUUCUGCAUUGUCCGCUUGAUUGUAAUAAACCAGCUCACAAGUUGGCGGAUUUAGAUGCAGGGGAUGUUUGCCAUAAGACAUUUGACAGACUAUCCUGACUAUGUGAGCAUUUUGGUUCCUUUGAAUCUUUGA